UAUUACAUUUCAAUGAAGCCCCUACUAGUGCAGUGUGUUUUUUGGGGUUUGUUGUUUAUUUUACAAUGGGGUGGUCAUGAAUGUUGUCUGAGAGAAGAAAGAAUGGCUUUACUUCAAAUCAAAGCAUUCUUCACUACAGGCAUAGUUAACGUUGUUGUCGCACAUCGUUUUCUGCCAUCAUGGCUUGAAAAGGGAGAUAAUGAUUGCUGCACCUGGGAGCGAGUAACUUGCAAUCCUAUCACAGGUCGUGUUACGGAGCUCUCUCUAGAUCAUCUAAGCCAAAAUUAUUGUAAUUCUUUCUCAGGACUUAGUCUCGAUGUGUCCCUGUUUAGUCCUUUUGAGGAACUGCUAAAUCUGCACUUAUCUGGGAAUUGCUUUAGUUGUUGCCUUCACAACCAAGGUUUUGACAAGUUGAAGAGGGUGGAGGAUUUGAACCUUGCAGAAAAUUAUUUUGGGGACAACAUCUUCAGGUCUCUUGGUGCCCUCACAACACUCACAUCGUUGAACCUUAGUUGGAAUUGGAUUUAUGGCCGUCGUGGUGGUCUACAAGAUCUUACUAUGUUGAAGAAUUUAAAGGUCCUGGACUUGAGUGCAAACUAUGUGGAGAGGAGCAUUCCUCCAGCUAUUGGAAACUUGACUACUAUGGUUGCCUUGUCAUUGGCAGAAAACCAUCUCAUUGGAACUCUACCCAAUCAAGAAUUUUGUAAGCUAAAAAAUCUGGAGGAGUUGGAUCUUAGUCAUAAUUAUGGCUUAGAAGGAGUUCUUCCACCAUGCUUCACUAACUUGACCUCCCUCAGACUUGUAGACCUUUCUACAAACAAAUUCAAGGGAGAGAUUUCCUUUAUUUUUCCUAAUCUCAAAUACCUUGAAUACAUCAGACUUGGCGAUAAUCACUUUAAGGGUAAAUUCUCUUUUAGCUUGUUAGCCAAUCACUCAAAAGUCAAACUAGUUGAAAUACUCAACAAUGACAACUUAGAGGUGGAAACUGAAGAUUCAAAUUGGGUGCCCGAGUUUCAGUUGGAAGUCUUGGUAUUGUCACGUUGUAACCUUAACAAGCAGAGUCUCAAGGUUCCAACUUUUCUUGCAUAUCAAAGCCGGCUAAAACUACUUGAUCUCUCCCACAACAAUUUGAGAGGAGGCUUCCCUGAUUGUGUAAUUAAGAAUAAUUCACAACUCGAGGUUUUGAAACUAAGUAACAACUCUCUUGAGGGGCAAUUGCAUUUGCAACAUCUUAAUACAAGUAUUUUGUGGAUGGAUGUAUCUGAAAAUCAACUUAGGGGAAGACUUGAAGAGAAUCUAGGAAGGAAGCUUCCAUAUAUGACUACCCUAAAUUUGUCCAUGAACCACUUUGUAGGAUUUGUUCCAUCUUCCUUUUGCAACAUGAGUGGAUUAGUUCAGCUCGACUUGUCCAACAACUUCUUCGAUGGAGAGAUCGCCAAGGAAAUGGUUUCAGGAUGCCUCAAUAGUUUACGUGUAUUGAUUUUAUCUGGUAACAGAUUUCAUGGGCAAAUAUUCUCGACCGACUUUAACAUGACCACAUUGAGUGUCUUGCACUUGGAGGAUAACCAAUUUUCAGGAACAAUCACCAAUGCAAUCAGUACAAGUUACUUGGAGUUGUUGGAUGCAAGUAACAAUCACUUUUCAGGUGAAGUACAUUGGAUAAGUAACAUGACUCAUCUUAUCACCCUCCUCAUUCAAAAUAACUCUCUCACGGGUCGGUUUCCAUGCAAAAUUCCUGCAUUAAACCAUCUUGAUGUCUCUCAUAACUCCCUUUCAGGAGCAUUGCUCCCUUGUAAAUAUGAAAUUAAUCAUUUACUCCUCCACUCCAACAAAUUCACUGGACCAAUACCUGAAACUCUUUUGCAUUGGCCGUUACUGACAUUGAAUAUUAGAGAUAACAAUUUAUCUGGCAAUAUUCCAUCUGUAACUCGUGCAGAGAGUUUGAGGGUUCUUCUAUUAGGUGGCAAUCAGUUGAAUGGAUCUUUCCCAAACCAGUUGUGUAGUCUACAGAAGAUAAGUUUGCUUGACCUUUCACAUAACAAUUUCUUUGGUGAAAUACCUCAAUGCAUCAGCAAUAUUACCUUUGGAAAAACCAGGUAUGCCGAUUUUAACCAUGAUGAUGUUUCUGUAUUCAUUGGUAGCAAAGUUGUCACAUUAUUUGGGAACUUCUUGGUUAAACAGUACGAGAUAGUCCCAAGAUUAGUUGAAUACUAUGAAAAGGUGACAAUAGACUUUGUUGUGAAAAAAAGGUCCAACUCCUACAAAGGUGACAUCCUCAACUGCAUGUCUGGAUUGGAUUUGUCAUGUAACAGCUUUACUGGUGAAAUCCCACAUGAAUUAGGAGAACUUGGGUUGAUUCAUACAUUGAAUUUGUCUCGUAACCAAAUUAAAGGUCCUAUUCCCGCUUCAUUAUCAGGAUUGAGACAGUUAGAGAGUUUAGAUCUUUCUUACAACAAUCUAACUGGCAAAAUUCCUCCAGAAUUGAUUGAUCUUAAUUUUCUAGCUUUUUUCUCUGUGGCAUACAACAACUUAUCUGGCAGAGUUCCUGAUAUGAAAGGACAAUUUGGGACAUUUGACGAAAGCAGCUAUGAAGGGAAUCUAUAUCUUUGUGGUGAACUGCUAGCUAAUAAGUGCAACAAUAUAAUUGAGCCAAUCCCUCCAACACCACCCUCAGAAUUAACAAGUGAAGCAAAGUGGUACGAAAUUGACAUGUUGAUUUUUUGGGUUGCUUUUAUUGUUGCUUUUAUCAUUUUCUUCUUAGGAGUCGUAAUUUCACUAUAUGUUAAUCCUUAUUGGAGUAGAAGAUUGUGGAACUUUGUGGAUGAUUGCUAUUAUGCAUGCUAUUUUAAGUUUUGUAUGUAAUACUUUAUAUAUAUUUUAGUCAUUUAACUUGAAACUUGAAACUUGAAUACAUGGUGCCAUUAAUAAG